GGCGUCCCGGAGACCGGAAGCGGAAGUGAGCGGAGGCGGUGGCAGCAGCAGCGGCGGCGGCGGCGGAGGCGGCUGCUGUAGGGGCAGUAGUCCAAGCGCCCCGCGGCGUGCGGCAGAGGGAGUAUCUCUCGCGGGUCUGCAGGGAGGAUGCCUACUGAGACCUUAAACCCUGGACCCGGUGUCAGGGAAUCAGUCACCUUCGAAGAUGUGGCAGUGGGGCUUGUCCAGGAGUGGGCAUUGCUGGAUGGUACACGGAGGAACCUGUGCAGAUAUGGAAUACUGGACAACUGCAGUACCCUGGCUCCCAGGGGGGCUCCACCAUGCAAACCCAGGCUUGUCUCCCACGUGGGGCCAAGAGGAGAGCUGAGUACCGCAGGACAAGGCAUUCUCUGUGCCAUGGGUGUGGACUGGGAAUUGCAACCUAAACCCGAAGAGUCUACUCCUCUGCAGGAUAUUUUGGAGGAAAAUUCAUCCCAUGAUUUGCAAAUGGGGCUGGGGCUGGACCUGCAGACGCAGAUCAGGCCCAUGAUGGGAGAGAGGGGGAUAUCUUCAUCUUCAGAGGACCGGCCAGCUCUUCUGGAGUUGCCUUGGCCUUCCGGAUACACAGGGCUGAAGGUGGCUGUGCGGAUUCAGAGGGUGACCACGCCGGAACCUGAGUUGGGCCUCCCUGACCCAUGGGUGACCGGGGGUUCUGCUCUGCCUGCUCAGGACCCUGUGUGGCUCCAAGAGAAGAGCGUAGAGGAAGAUCCUGGGGUGCUGACCACCUGUGCACAGGAACCAGUCACCUUCGCAGAUGUGGCUGUGCUCUUUACCCCAGAAGAAUGGAUGUUUCUAGACUCUGCCCAGAAAAGCCUGUACAGGGAUGUGAUGCUGGAGAACUACAGGAACCUGGCCUCUGUGGGAGAUCAACUAUGCAAACCUAGUACCUUUUCCUGUUUGGAGCAAAGAGAAGAGCUGUGGACCACCGAGAGAGGGACCUUCCCAGGAGCCCAUCCAGAACCUCAACUUCAACCCCAGCAAGUGGUUCUUAACCAAGGUAUUUUUGCAGAGAUGCCAUCCACUGUCAUGAAAAGGGAGCAACCUCCGUUGGGAGAAAAACUCUACAAAUAUAAUGAAUUGGGGAAACCCUUUAACAGCAUCAAACAACUGUUUCAGUACGAGAGAAUUCAUGUUGGAGGCAACCCCUGUGAAUGCCAAGAGAGUGGGAAAUCCUUGUUCCAGACCACUCACCUGAUAGUGCAUGAGAAGAUUCGUAGUGGGGAUAAAACCUAUGCAUGUAACAAAUGUGAAAAAUCCUUCAGAUACAGUUCUGACCUUAUCAGGCACGAGAAGACCCAUACCUCAGAGAAGUGCUUUGAAUGUCAAGAAUGUAGGCACACCUUCAAGUACUCCUCAAAUCUGCGACGCCAUAUGAGAACUCACACAGGAGAGAAACCCUUUGAAUGUAGUCAGUGUGGGAAAACCUUCACGAGGAACUUUAACCUGAUUUUGCACCAGAGAAACCACACAGGCGAGAAGCCCUACGAAUGUAAGGACUGUGGGAAAGCUUUUAAUCAGCCGUCCUCUCUGAGGAGUCAUGUGAGAACUCACACUGGAGAGAAGCCGUUUGAAUGCAGUCAGUGUGGGAAAGCCUUCAGGGAACACUCAUCACUGAAGACACAUUUGCGAACUCACACCAGAGAGAAACCGUAUGAAUGUAACCAGUGUGGGAAACCCUUUCGGACGAGCACCCACCUAAACGUGCAUAAGAGGAUCCACACAGGGGAGAAACUUUAUGAGUGCAGUACUUGUGGUCAGGUGUUGAGUCGUCUCUCAACCCUCAAGAGUCACAUGCGAACCCACACUGGGGAGAAGCCCUUUGCAUGCCAGGAAUGUGGGCGAGCCUUUAGUGAGCCCUCAUCCCUCAGGAAACAUGCGAGGACCCACAGUGGCAAGAAGCCUUAUGCGUGUCAGGAAUGUGGGCGAGCCUUUGGUCAGUCUUCACACCUUAUCGUACAUGUCAGAACCCACACUGCAGGGAAACCCUAUGAAUGUAAUCAGUGUGAGAAAGCCUUUAGGCACAGCUCUUCCCUUACCGUGCAUAAAAGGAGUCACACCAGGAGAGAAAACGUUAGGAAUGGCGGCCUGCCUUUAUCAGUGUCUAAUUCUUAUGGUGGGCCCCUUGCCGAUUAACUUUAAGUUUGUAAAAAUAUGAACAUUCGGGCCUGUAAUCGUCUUGUUUAAGUACAUCACAUGUUUUGAAGUAUAAUUUCAUUUUAUUUUCAUUCUAAAUAUUGUCUUAGUUUCUGUCAUUACUAAGUCUUUGACACGCGACUUAUCUAGAAUUAUUUUUUAAAUAACUGCACAUGGUCAUGUUUUUAUAGAGGUAUAAUUAUAGUGGAAUACACAAAUCUUAUGAAUUGGUUGAGUCUGACUGAUGUAUACAUAUAUGUAACCAACACUUCAUUCAAUAUAUGGAACAUUUCUGUCAUUCUGGAAAGUUCUUGCAUGUAUCUGGGCAUUUUUAGUUACCUUUUAAUGCUAGUUUCUAGUUUAAUUACAUUGCGAGCCGAGUAUGUGGUCUUUGUGUUAUUGAAUAAUUGGUGUUUUUUGGGAUUUGCUUUUAGGUCUCGUAUGGUGCAUCCUGCUAGUUGCCUACCAAAAGUGCCCCUUUUUCCUUAUAAGAAAACCUUGGGUUUCUCAGGUUGGUAAUGUGCACUAUUAAAAACUUCUAUCUCUCAAGCCUUCUUGUAGUUAGGGGAGGCCAUGUCCCCUAGUUCUGGUCAAUAGGAGAAAUCGCUGAGUGUGACUCCUGGGAAAGAUGUUGGAAAGGAUGGUUUAUUUAGCCAGAUUUCCCUACUUGGCCUUUGUACAAGCAGACACAAUGUCCAGUGCUAGAAGAGCUAUCUUGUGACCAUGAGGGUAAAAACUAUAGGCUAAAGGGAAUGUGGCCAGAAGUCACAACCAUUCUGGUUCCCCACUUGGAUCUUUGUAUCUGCACCAGCCCUGGACUGUUUAUUUCUUGAGAUCUUGUUACACAAGAAAGAUGUACUUCUGGUUUUUACCUGUUCUCACAGGGUUCUGCUAUUGUGUUUUAAAAAUCUUUUCACUGAAGUAUAACUUAUGUAAAAGUUCAUAAAUUUUAGUGCAAACCUUGAUGGAUUUUCUGUAUGUUUUAUACACCCACAUCAAGAUAUAAAAUAUUUAGUCUCACAAAAGGUUCCCUUGGGCCCUACCUAGUCAGCCCCAUCCAUUGAGAUAAUGAGUAUUCUGACUUCUGUCACCACAGAUUUGUUUUUCCUGCUCAUAGAAACGAAACCACAUGGCUGCUCUCUUAUUUAUUAUGUGUUUUUUCACUUAAUAUAAUGUACAUGAAGUUUAUCUCUGUCGUAUUAUCAGUAGUUUUUUUUUAAAUUGCUGUGUAAUAUUUUAUCAUCUGAAUAUACCAGAAUUGAAAAAUUC